UUGACGGCGGGAAGAGUCAGGGUCUGGAACAGCUGGAGGUGGUGGUGGUGACUGGUAUGGAUGGUAUCCGCCCGCGGUAGCCCCUCCAAAUUCGCCCGUCUUCGGGCCGCAACUCUCGGAAUAACGCUACAAAAGGAAAGAUACUUUGCGUCUGCCCGCUCCGCUAGAAAUGGCCAAUGUGCUCUGUAACAGAUCCAGACUGGUUUCCUAUCUCCCAGGAUUUUACUCUUUAGUUAGAAGAGUUGUCAAUCCCAAAGCCUUUUCAACUGCAGGAUCUUCAGGUUCUGAUGAGCCUCAUGUGGCCACUGCACCUCCCGAUAUAUGCUCUCGAACAGUAUGGCCUGAUGAAACUAUGGGACCAUUUGGACCUCAGGACCAGAGAUUCCAGCUUCCUGGGAACAUAGGUUUUGAUUGUCACCUCCAUGGGACCAUAUCACAGAAGAAAAGCCAGGCUCAUAAAACUGUACCUGAUAUUCUAGCAGAACCUUUAUCAAGUGAAAGACAUGAGUUUGUGAUGGCACAAUAUGUGAAUGAAUUUCAGGGUAAUGAUGCACCUGUCGAACAAGAAAUUAACAGUGCAGAAACUUACUUUGAAAGUGCCAGAGUAGAGUGUGCAAUCCAAACAUGUCCAGAAUUGUUGCGAAGAGAUUUUCAGUCACUGUUUCCAGAAGUGUCCACCAACAAACUAAUGAUUCUGACUGUAACACAGAAAACUAAGAAUGAUAUGACUGUUUGGAGCGAGGAAGUAGAAAAUGAAAGAGAAAUGCUUUUAGAAAAGUUCAUCAGUGGUGCUAAGGAAAUAUGCUACGCUCUUCGAGCUGAAGGCUAUUGGGCUGACUUUAUUGACCCAUCAUCUGGUUUGGCAUUUUUUGGACCAUAUACAAACAACACUCUUUUCGAAACAGACGAACGUUAUCGACAUUUAGGAUUCUCUGUCGAUGACCUUGGCUGCUGUAAAGUGAUUCGCCAUAGUCUCUGGGGAACCCAUGUGUUUGUAGGAAGUAUCUUUACAAAUGCAACACCAGACAGCCAAAUUAUGAAGAAAUUAAGUGGAAACUAGCAGUAAUGUCAAUUUACUUACUGUACUGUUUGUACUUAACAUUUGGGUGGAUUUAUGACACUGUCAAAGGCUUCAGUUUAUAAAAUUUAAUUAUUUUUAGGUAUUUAUUUCAACAUUUAUUUACAACAUUAGCAAGUGGUUUGUGAUUAUUUUAAAUCUCAAUGUUCAUUCAUAUUGUCAUUGAAUACAUGUUGAGCACAUCCACAUUGUACAGAAUAUGGUAAUUAACGUGUAACCAGGGUAUGAUCUUUUAUUGUUAUUUCUCCCUUUUAUUGGAAAAGCCUCAGUUUUAAUUAUUUUUCUCCAAAAAUAAAUCACACAUUUGGUUAUGAUGAUACGUGUUUUUUCAUUGCAGUAUUUUUAAAAUGUGGUUCUUUAAGACUCGUGAGAAACUACAAUAUUAAUCUUUUUAAAGUGUCUUUUUUAAGUAAAUGCAAUUGAGAUUUAGUGUAGAUUUAACUUUUUUUAAUUUUCUUUUUUUCUUUAUUACCUAUUAAGUGUUCUUGUACCAGUCCGAGUAUUAUUUUGAAAUAAUGUAUGUGCAGGAAAAGCAGAAUACAGACACUACUACAUCUUUAUGUAUAAAAGCAUUUGAAUCUCAUCCUUAUACAUAGUAAAAUAAUUCUUAACUCCUGGGUUGUAAUAAAUGUAGAUUAUUUUCAGACAAAACUGCCUCAGUUGCUAAAUCAUAUCUCUCCAGUUUAAGCAAUAGAUGGAAACUGCAGUACAUCACAGAAAUGCCUCAUUUGUGACAGUUUGUUUAUAUAGAAUUUUGAACUUGUAAAAAAUCUCUUUUCGGGCCGGCUAAGUGGCUCAGUUGGUU